AUGAAAGAAUGGGAUGUAGUCUUUAACAAACCAAGAGCAACAAUAGUUUCAGAACAAGAAUGUAGACAGAAACUUAAGAAAAUAAAAGUCGUACAAGUUGGCAUGAAGAUGUUAGAUGCUUGGGAUAUCUUAUUGUCAAAACUUGAAGAUUUUUCAGUUCGAGGUAUAAAGUUCUAUACACCUUCUCCAAACUUCUAUUCUAUCUUCACUGGAUAUAAAUACGAACAAGUAGAAUGGAAAGAAAAUAUUAUAGAAGCUUGGUUAGACCAUGUCAAAGAAAUUAUAUGCAAUGGAAACGAAAGAGUCUAUGAGUAUAUCUUAUGUUGGUUUGCAAACAUCUUACAACAUCCAAGUGCUAAAAAUGAAACUGCUCUCAUUAUAAUUGGAAAACAAGGAACAGGUAAGAACACAUUCUUUACAGAUAUUUUGUGCAAACUGUUAGAAGGUUAUUCGAAUCCGAAUAUGACAAACUUAGAAAACAUCUGCGGUAAAUUUAACUCUUCAAUAGAGAAUAUGAAACUUAUAGUAUGUAACGAACUUCAAAGUAUAGAUACAACAAAAGUUUUGAACUCAGAUGCUUUGAAGAGUCUUAUAACAGACAAAGUUGGAGUUGUUGAAAGAAAAUAUAAAGACCAAAGA